CUCUGCUAUUCCUCUUUUCUUGAUCCUAAUUAUUCUUAUCUUUUUAUUUCCCAAUUUUUUGUACAUAAAAAUGGAUCAAAAUCUCCAUCACCAGACUAAACUCAUGCACCGAUGUUGCAGCCAUGAACAAGAGGUUAAUAGUAUGGAGUGGGAGUUCAUCAGCAUGAGCAAGCAAGAAGAAGAUCUUAUUUACAGGAUGCACAAGCUUGUUGGAGACAGGUGGGGACUGAUAGCAGGGAGAAUACCAGGGAGAACAGCAGAAGAAAUAGAAAGGUUUUGGAUAAUGAAACACAGUGAUGGUUUUGCCCACAAGAGAAGACAGACAAUGAAGAAAAAUGUAGCACCUAUAUAAUCAUCCUUUUCUUUCGAGGAAAGCAGAUUCUCUUUUUCCUCUUCUUUUCCAUUUUGCUUUGAGGGACCCAAACCUACUGAUCAUUUUAUCAUUUUAUUGUCUAUGUACUUUCUACUUUUAGAUUUCUAUCUUAUGCCUUUUUGGUUUGUGGCUUUUUAGUUACCUUGUUAUGUUUAUGUGUGCAAUAUUAUAUAUCUUAGCUUUAGGUGACAAUAUUAUUAUACUAGUUGAAUAUGA